AUGGCCAACCGUGCGUCCCCUGGGGACGACGGCCCACGAAAUCGUCCACAGUCCAAGCAGCGUGUCCGAACAGGCUGCUGGCCGUGCCGGCGACGUCAUCGAAAAUGUGAGUGGCCGGCUUGUUCUGGGAGUUGUUGCAAUAUCUAACUAUCUGGGUGUGUAGGCGAUGAGCGUAGGCCUACCUGCGACAACUGUCUGUCCAAAGGAUCAACUUGCCAAUACCCUGCGACCUUCAUCUUCGCCUCCGUCCAGCAAGCGCCUGUUGUGGAAACCAACGAUAACUCGGCGGCUUCGGUGCCCCCACAGCGUGAAUUCAGGGUUAGUGUUACGUGAUGAAUCCGUGGUGGCUCAGAGUACGUGACAAGAAGCUGACCAAGACGAGCUGAAGUUUGUAAAUGAUGGCUCGUUUGAUCAUCUUCAAGCUUCGAGUCCCGAAACCUCCCCAAUCGCCUGGCAGCCCCAACAGACGGGCAUUCAGCCGCAUGGACCUGUUGAGCCGAGCAACAUCUUCGUCUUCGACGAUGGCACAUUUGAUCAAGGGGAGAGCCUCCCGAUGGACACCUGCCAAACAGGCACUGCUGGUAGCCUGGAUCUUCCACCGAGACGUACUAGCUGCUCAUCGCCCGCACGAGUGUCGCCAUCCGUCGGAUCUCGUCCCGGAUCCAACGCGUUGUUCCCAGCUGCCCCGGGUGAUCCAGGUUCCUCUAUGACGGAUCGAGCCGUCAGCUCAGAGAUUUCUCUACUGCGCUACUAUCGCUAUCAGGUCUCCCCUCUGUUAGAUGUCGGCGACCCAUGGUGCUCAUUCAGCGUCAAAGUCCCGAUGUUGGCUGGUUCCGAGGCGUCCCUCCGGCACGCUAUCCUUGCGCUUGCUGCCCGGCAUCGCGCAUUGCGGACACAGAGCAGCACGAUCGGGCACGUGGAAGACAUGAUCUGCCCCCAACAGGAGAUAGAUCAGAUUCUUUUGCCAAAGGAAAACCCCCUUUGGCAUGUCCGGCAAAGCCUUCUCCUAUUCAGGGACUUUUCAUGCUUGAGACCUCACCAGUGGAGGGACUUUGUCACGCAGCGCCUGUCAUUUCAGGAAAUAGUGAGCUUCAUGCCUACGCAACAGGAUCUGACGAAUUCCGCCUUUUGA